UCCCUAGGCAGACAGCGAGGUUGAAACGAGGCGGCAACUGAGGCGACAUGAGAUGCUACGGAAUCAAUGUCAGAUCUUCUCCCGGGUGGGGAAAUAUAACCAUCUUUCGGGUUUGCGAGAAUAAGGAACACCAUCUCAAUCUGUAUGGGACGGCCCCGACUCGAUCUCUCUGUCCAUAUGCCUGUCUCUCUCCGUGCGUCUGAUGCAGGCAUCAUGGCCGCCGUUGCAUGAGAAGGCAGCGGCAAGACGAGGAUUUCAGAAUCGACCCCCCCCAGCGCUUCGUCGAGGUUCCACGGAAGACAGUAACGGGUCUAGUUCCGGUGGUGGCCAAGACCUUCUCGUGCGCCCGAUCAGAGAUGCCAAUAUUACUAUCCGUAUGUAUGGGGGAAUCGACGUCAGGGGUGGCCGGCCGAUGGGCAGAAAGCUUGAAAAGGGGCAUGAGAUGCCCAGGAGUCCCAAGCCUUUCUGACAAGACGUCUUGGCGAGGCGAAGCUUUUGGCAGAGUAGUAGUCCCGAAGGUAGCCAAGCCGGCAACGAGGACCGCUGUUGCAGCGAGCAGAGUGGUGAAACACACAGACGGAUGGGGGAGGGAGGCCUGCAUCUACACCUACCUACUACCACGUACUCUACGCUACGACCUUGGGAUGGAGGUAUGUGUCAGCAGGGCGGGAAGGAGACCAGGCAGGCCGAGGUGAAGGGUCUACCGAAGGAGACGUCUUGGCAACUUGG